GAACAGCCUCGGACUUUGUGCUGAGCAGCCCUCUCCGGCCUCUCCUGGCUCGUCUGGCACAGGGAGCCUUGCUAGAGGAGGUAGCACAGCGGAAGGGCAGAAGAGUGGACACCAGCAAGAGGAGGGCAACCUUUUUCCUGGCCUUCUGACACCAUGGACAGCUCCCGUUAACGAAGGCACCUCUCCACCCUUGGGGCCUGGGACUCCUAUGCCCCCUUCCUGUCGAAUUGGGAUUUCAUUCACCAUUCUCCAAGGGACGUUGAAGUCACACCCUAGUUCCAGUGUUGGCACCAGAAGCCCCUCUGGACAUGACUCUUCUGGAAGGCUCUGUGGGGGUGGAGGACCUUGUGCUCCUGGAACCCCUGGAGCAGGGGCCUCUGCUCAAGAACCUCCAGCUGCGCUAUGAACACAAGGAGAUUUACACCUACAUCGGGAAUGUGCUGAUCUCAGUGAAUCCCUACCAACAGCUGCCCAUCUACGGCCCGGAGUUCAUUGCCAAAUACCAGGACUAUACCUUCUAUGAGCUGGAGCCCCACAUCUAUGCUUUGGCAAACGUGGCAUACCAGUCACUGAGGGACCGGGACCGAGACCAGUGCAUCCUCAUCACGGGCGAGAGUGGAGCUGGCAAGACCGAGGCUAGCAAGCUGGUGAUGUCUUAUGUGGCAGCUGUCUGUGGGAAAGGGGAGCAGGUGAACUCUGUGAAGGAGCAGCUGCUUCAGUCAAACCCGGUGCUGGAGGCUUUUGGCAAUGCCAAGACCAUUCGCAACAACAACUCCUCUCGAUUUGGAAAAUACAUGGAUAUUGAGUUUGACUUCAAGGGAUUCCCACUCGGUGGCGUCAUCACAAACUAUCUGCUGGAGAAAUCCCGAGUGGUGAAGCAGCUCGAAGGAGAAAGGAACUUCCACAUCUUCUAUCAGCUACUGGCUGGAGCAGAGGCUGACCUGCUGAAGGCCCUGAAGCUCGAGCGGGAGACAAGAUGCUAUGUCUACCUAAACCGGAAAGUGUCCACAGUUGACGGCAUGGACGAUGCCUCCAACUUCAAGGCUGUACAGAGUGCAAUGGCUGUGAUUGGGUUCUCGGAGGAGGAGAUCCAGCAGGUGCUGGAGGUGACGGCCCUGGUGCUGAAGUUGGGGAACGUGGAGCUGGCAGGCGAGUUCCAGGCCAAUGGAAUAUCAGCAAGUGGCAUCUGUGAUGGGAGAGGUAUUCAGGAGAUUGAGGAAAUGAUGGGUUUGAAUUCAGAGGAACUAGAGAAAGCUUUGUGCUCAAGGACCAUGAAAACAGCCAAAGAAAAUGUGGUUACUGCACUGAAUGUCAUUCAGGCCCAGUACGCUCGUGAUGCUCUGGCCAAGAACAUCUACAGCCGCCUUUUCAACUGGAUUGUGAAUCGAAUCAAUGAGAGUAUCAAGGUGGGCACUGGGGAGAAGAAGAAGGUGAUGGGGGUCCUGGAUAUCUACGGCUUUGAAAUUUUAGAGGAUAAUAGCUUUGAGCAGUUUGUGAUCAACUAUUGCAACGAGAAGCUGCAGCAGGUGUUCAUCCAGAUGACGCUGAAAGAGGAGCAAGAGGAAUACGAGAGAGAGGGUAUACCGUGGACAAAGGUGGACUACUUUGAUAAUGGCGUUAUCUGCAACCUCAUUGAGCAUAAUCAGCGAGGCAUCCUGGCCAUGCUGGAUGAGGAGUGCCUACGGCCUGGGGUGGUCAAUGACACCACCUUCCUAGCGAAGCUGAAUCAUCUCUUCUCCAAGCACACUCACUAUGAGAGCAAAGUCACCCAGAAUGCCCAGCGCCAGUAUGACCGCACCAUGGGCCUCAGCAGCUUCCGUAUCUGCCACUAUGCGGGCAAGGUGACUUACAACGUGAACGGCUUCAUUGAUAAGAACAAUGACCUACUCUUCCGGGACUUGUCCCAGGUCAUGUGGAAGGCCCGGCACCCUCUCCUUCAGUCCUUGUUCCCUGAGGGAGAUCCCAAGCAGGCAUCUCUCAAACGCCCCCCGACUGCUGGGGCCCAGUUCAAGAGUUCCGUGGCCAUACUCAUGAAGAACCUGUAUUCCAAAAACCCCAACUAUAUCAGGUGUAUAAAGCCUAAUGAGUAUCAGCAGCGAGGUCAGUUCUCGUCGGAGCUGGUGGCCGUCCAGACUCGGUACCUAGGGCUGCUGGAGAAUGUGCGAGUGCGACGGGCGGGCUACGCCUACCGCCAGGGGUACAGGCCCUUCCUGGAAAGGUACCGAUUGCUGAGCCGGAGCACAUGGCCUUGCUGGAAUGGCGGAGACCGGGAGGGGGUUGAGAAGGUCGUGGGGGAGCUGAGCUUGUCCUCAGAGGAGCUGGCCUUCGGGAAGACGAAGGUCUUCAUCAGAAGCCCCAAGGCUCCCAUGACAGAGUUGGAGUUCAGUAGGUGCCCGUGGAGUGAGCGAACGCGCCAAGGAGACAAAGGAGUGUGUACCACACUGGCUGGGGAGGCCAGGCUCCUGGGUCCCCCAGGCCCGCCUUUCCACCCAGCCGCGCUCUCUGCAGCUGUUCCACCUGGAGGAGCGGCGGCGCCUGAGACUGCAGCAGCUGGCCACGCUCAUACAGAAGACCUACCGGGGCUGGCGCUGCCGCUCCCACUACCGGCUGAUGCGGAAGAGCCAGAUCGUCAUCUCCACCUGGUUUCGGGGCAACACGCAAAAGAAACGUUAUGGGAAGAUAAAGGCAUCGGCUUUGCUGAUCCAGGCUUUCGUCAGAGGGUGGAAGGUAAUGGGGAAGGGCGGAGGGGCUUCCUCCCCACCCACGGGUCCUUCCCCCACGUGGUUUCUCCCGGACUGUGCCAGUUGCUGGGAAGAAAGAGCAGCAGAGAGCGAAUCCUGCCCACACCCGGGACCUCCCGGGAUGCGAGGGCACGUGCACGUCUGCAUGUGUUUCUGGGUCUGCAGGUGUGUGUCUGGGAGUGUGGACGCACGCCGGGGGGAUGUGUGUCUGUGCCCGGGUGUGUCUCUGACUUGGCAACAGAGUUCUGCUUGCUGCUUGGAGGGCCCUGCUAUUUGCCGACUCGUCUGCCUUUACUCUCACCCUCUAGCACGGUCUCAACUCUUUAUCUUACUGUGUUCUCGGUGUGGGUGAGGAAUAGUAGAACCCCUUCUAGAUCUGGCUCCUGUCUUCUAUGUCUAACUAUCUAUCUUUACGUUGGCUCCUUUCUCAUAUGCCCCUGCCAGGCCCGCAAGAAUUAUCGAAAGUACUUCCGAUCAGGGGCUGCCCUCACCUUGGCAAAUUUCAUCUACAAGAGCAUCACACGGAAGUUCCUGCUGGGGCUGAAGGACAAUUUGCCAUCUACCAACAUCCUGGACAAAACGUGGCCAGCAGCGCCUUACAAGUGCUUCCACACAGCCAACCAGGAGCUCCGGCAGCUCUUCUAUCGCUGGAAGUGCAAGAAAUUCCGGGAUCGGCUGUCCCUGAAGCAGGUAGAGAACCUGAGGGAGAAGCUCUCUGCCAGCGAAUUGUUCAAGGACAAGAAGGCUUCCUACCCCCAGAGUGUCCCCAUCCCGUUCCGUGGUGACUACAUUGGGCUGCAAGGGAACCCCAAGCUGCAGAAGCUGAAGGGCGGGGCGGAAGGGCCCGUUCUGGUGGCAGACACUGUGAAGAAGGUCAAUCGUGGCAAUGGCAAGACUUCUUCUCGAAUUCUUCUCUUGACCAAGAGGCAUGUGAUUCUCACAGACACCAAGAAGUCCCAGGCCAAAACUGUCAUUGGGCUGGACAGUGUGGCCGGGGUGUCAGUCACCAGCUUCAAGGAUGGGCUUUUCAGCUUACAUCUGAAUGAGAUAUCAUCAGUGGGCUCCAAGGGGGACUUCCUGCUGGUCAGCGAACAUGUGAUUGAACUGCUGACCAAAAUGUACAGGGCUGUGUUGGAUGCCACACAGAAGCAGCUUCCAGUCACCGUGACUGAGGAUUUCUCAUUGAGGUUCAAGGAGAGCAGUGUGGCUGUCAAGGUCAUCCAGGGCCCUGAGGGUGGUAGAAAUGGCAAGCUAAGCUGCAAGAAGAAAGGGAGCCGUUGCCUGGAAGUGACUGUAUAGUGAGGAGGAGGGCCGAACGCAGAGACAGCAGCUUCUUCUCUUGGACCAGUGCCAAUCCCACCCACCCAUGUUUAUGGGAGGAUCUCCUCCUGUCCAACCCCCCUGAUCCCGGUAUGGGGCUCAGAGACUGAAGAACCCUUGAAGAGGACCUUUCUUCUCCCAAACUCUUCCAGUCCCUUCUCCCUUACAACUUAGGUUCCUCCCACCCUCAGCCUCUUUGCCCACCAAUAAAACAAGUGACUUCCCAAAUGUUUGCUUAGUGUGGGUGAGUCCCUGUUCCCCCACCUUCACAGGACUGUAC